GUCACCUGGCAAUAUGGCGGCGCCUGUAAGGAGGUUGAUGCUGGGCGUGCUGUCAUGCAGGGCACAUGUACUGCGAGUGUCAGGGGGCCGGGGACUGGCGUCUGCGACGAGCUCUCAAUGGCUGCUGCACGGGGCUGUGUGUCUCAAGAGGCCGGCUGUGCUGUCACCCUCGAAGGUUCCUCUGCAGCAGGAGAUGGCAGAUCUGCUGCAUCAGAUUGAGCAGGAGAAAAGUUUGUAUUCGGAUCAUGAGAUUAAGGUUAUAGAAGAUACAAUACGCAUGCAGAGGAAACGGUCUGAUGAUGCUGAUUUUGACUCUGAUAGCAAGGACAUUGUGAUGACACAAGAUCUGGAAGACAUGUGGGAGCAGAAGUGGAAAUCCUUCAAGCCUGCUCCAAGAAUAACUGAAGCAGAUAAGAAGAAUGACAGGUCAUCAUUAAAUAGGAAACUAGAAAAUAACCUGGUCCUGCUGGUAAAGGAGAGAUUUGGAAAUGAAGAUGUAUGGCUGUUACCUCAGAUUGCAUGGCAGGCUGGGGAGACUAUGAGGCAGACAGCUGAGCGAGCUUUGUCUUCAUUGUCAGGUAAUCGCACUGAGGCUAACUUCUUAGGAAAUGCUCCCUGUGGCUAUUACAAGUACAAGUUUCCCAAGACAAUGCGGACAGAAGACACGGUUGGAGCCAAAGUAUUUUUCUUCAAAGCAAUGCUAAAGAGCCAAGAACUGCAGACUUCAAAGCAAAAAGGAGAAUAUGUCUGGGUUAGCAAAGAUGAACUGAAAGACUAUUUAAAACCAGCAUAUCUAUCUGCUGUGCAGCAGUUUGUCAUAGAAAUCUAAUCAAUCUUAUGCCAUAUUUAAAUGUAAUAAAGACAUUUCUUUUUUGUAAUA